GUCGACGCGAAAAAAAAAGGAUGAAAUAAAUCGACAAUGGCUGGUUAUCGGCUCGUAAAGUGUUCCUCGAUUCCUCCCAAAGGCCUUUCUCCCACUCGCCGCAAUGCCUCCCCCAGUUCAAGUCGCGACUUUGGAAAUCACUGCACCGACUGUUGGCCACAACGGUUAUCAAGGAUUCAACCCACGCAAAGAAGUCUUGCCCAAGGGUUGGAACGGGUUCAACUCACGCCCAUUGGAUGAGGACUUGAUUGCCGAGCAUGACGUUGGCAUUCGCGUCCGAGACGGCUGCGUCCUCUACUGCGACAUCUACCGACCCGUUACCGACGAACCUGUUCCUGCAAUUGUCUGUUGGAGUCCGUUUGGCAAGAAGCACAAUGGAAUCAACAUGAUGAAGAAGGUGCGUUGGGGAGUCGGUGUCCCCGACGGGUGCCUCAGCGGUCUCGAACGCUUCGAGGGUCCAGAUCCUGCGGCAUACUGCCCUCGAGGGUUUGCGAUCGUGAAUGUCGAUGCUCGUGGUGCUGGAGACUCAGAUGGCUCCAUCGUCAUUAUGGGAAAGCAGGAAGGGGAGGACGGUCAUGAUGUUAUCGAGGGCCUAGCCAAGUUGCCCUGGUGCAAUGGCAACCUCGGCCUGGCUGGAAACUCGCAUCUGGGCAUUGUGCAAUGGUUUAUUGCAGCUACGCAGCCUCCGUCUUUAAAGGCAAUUGCGCCAUGGGAGGCAUGCGGAGACUUGUAUCGCGAGCAAUUUGUCCGAGGAGGAGCCUGGGAUAACGGCCUGUUCGACCUCAUCACUCGCGAAUCCAUUCGCGGCCGUCACGGCCUUGAGGACUUCAAAGAGAUGUAUCGCCGCUGCCAGACAAUCAACCCUUAUUGGGCGGACAAGCGCGCAGACAUCGCCUCCAUCAUGAUCCCGACCUAUAUUGUCGCCUCCUAUUCCAGCUUCGUGCACACAAUGGGAUCCAUUCGGGGAUGGCUGCAGGUCAACACUGACCAGAAGUGGCUCCGUUGGGACCCCUAUCAGGAAUGGUAUGACCUCUGGGUCGAGCAAGAGAGCAAGGACGAGCUUGCAGCAUUCUUCUCCCACUUCCUCAAGGGCGAUGACAAUGGCUGGGAGAAGACGCCGAAACUGCGCAUGGCGUCGUUGAACUUUGGCGACAAGGACCCCAUCUACCCGAUCGCAGCGAGCGACUUUCCCCUGCCCGAGACUGAAUAUCGACAGCUCUUCUUCACCGCAGACAACAAACUCGCCGAUAGCCCCCCGUCCUUGGGCCGCGUUUUCGAAUACAACUCGGAAAGCGGCACUGACCCGUGCGACUUUGUUGGCUUUACGCAUACCUUCCAGCAGCCUACACGCUUAAUGGGUCUACCCAAGGCAGUCCUGUACAUGUCCUGCCCUGACCUGGAUGACAUGAUCGUCUAUGUUCUCAUUCGCAAGCUUGAUAAGAACGGCAACCCCAUGAUUAACAUCAACAUUCCUUGGAGUGCGGCCCCAUACAAGAAGGCCGCUGAGAUUCCCAAAGAGGAAUACUCCAACCUGACUAUCUACUAUGGCCCGACUGGAAUCCUCCGAGCCUCUCACCGGGCGAUCGACCCUUCUCGAUCAAUCCACCCCCAGUAUCCAUUCCACCCGCACGACAAGGUCGAGAAAAUCACACCAGGAACCGUGGUUAAGUUGGAAAUUGGCCUGUGGGCAAUGGGCACGGACUUUGAGGCUGGUGAAUCGCUGCGCGUCCAGGUUUCCGGCGAGUAUCCCUUGAUCAAGGAGUACAAGGGGGCCAAGGUGGAUCUCGAAGUUCGAAACCAGGGGACACAUCGCGUGCACGUUGGAGGAGAGAACCCCAGUCAUAUCAUAUUGCCAUUCGUAUAGAUAGUUCUUUGUGUGUGAAGUAAGGCAUAUGCUAAAGCAAAGAUUUCCUCCCCUAACAGGCAUCUGUAAUUGUAAAAUAGAGCAAUCC